UCCAUUUUUCUCACUCUUCCAAAACGUCGUACGGACAGCCUAAACAGUGUCCACAUGUCGUGUUGCUGAAAUUUAUUGAAUUUGAACGUAUUUCACGAUUCCGAUAAUAAUUUCAACUACAACCAACAUCCACCAAAAUGGCUAAGUUUGAUUUAACAGCGAAAAAUUGUCAGUACCUCGACCGGCAUCUGACUUUUCCUCUGCUGGAGUUUCUCUUGCAAAAGAAUAUUUAUGAUCAAACAUCGCUACUGAAAUUUAUCCUGGAGACGGUGAGUAAGACGAAUAUGGUUGAUUAUACGAUGGAUAUUCGCGAACGUCUGAACAUGGGUAACGAGCUGCCCGAGGAGUUAAUCAAGCGCAGGGCUAACGUAUUGGUUAAGCUGAAGGAACUACAGACCGAAGUGGCGCCACUGAUGAAGUGCAUGGAGGAGCUCAAAAAUCCGGAUACGAUGAAGGAUUCCAAAUCGAUUGUUCAUGCACUUCAACAAGAGUUCGAUUUUAAGUAUGACAUCAUAAGGAGUGCUCAAAAGAUGGCCAAGUACCUAUACGAAUGUGGCAAUUACCGGGAUUCGAUUUCUUAUUUGUACAUUUGCCUGCUGGUUAUGGACCCUGCCGAUAAGAACUACUUGAAUGUUUUGUGGGGCAAACUGGCGGCGGAAAUUCUCACGCUGAAUUGGGCAACGGCGCUCGAGGAUUUAACACGCCUUCGAGACUUCAUCGACAACCAUAACUUUUCUUCGAUUGAAGUUCUUCAACAGCGUACGUGGUUGAUCCACUGGAGUGUGUUGGUGUUCUUCAAUCACGCCAAGGGCCGAGACUUGAUUAUUGAAAUGUUUCUCUACAAACAGCUAUACUUGAAUGCGAUUCAAACGAUGUGUCCCCAUAUUUUGCGUUAUCUUGCAACCGCGGUCAUCAUCAACCGGGGAAGAAGGAACGCCCUUAAGGAUUUGAUUAAAAUUAUUCAGCAGGAAUCGUACACUUACCGUGAUCCGAUCACCGAAUUUCUCGAGCAUCUGUACGUCAAUUUCGACUUCGAAGGUGCCCGCAUGAAGUUGCACGAGUGCCAAACGGUGAUCAUAAACGAUUUCUUCAUCAUCGGGUGUCUGAAUGAAUUCGUUGAGAAUGCUCGUUUGAUGAUUUUCGAAACGUUCUGCCGCAUUCAUCAGUGCAUCACGAUUGGAAUGUUGGCCGACAAGCUGAACAUGGAACCGGACGAAGCCGAAUGCUGGAUUGUGAAUCUGAUCCGUAACGCACGGUUGGAUGCGAAAAUUGAUUCAAAGUUAGGUCAUGUCGUGAUGGGAACGCAACCUCUUUCUCCGUAUCAGCAGUUGGUUGAGAAAAUUGACUCACUUUCAGUUCGCUCUGAGGCGCUGACCGUUCUGGUCGAACGUAAACAAAAAGCCAAGACGCAAGAGUCGGGCGAAGGAAAUUGGAAGUAUUACUAAAAGGGGACACACCUCACAAUAAAUAGGAGCUGAAAGUUUUAAACAUUAACCAACAUUUUCUAUCUGCAAGGGGUUGCGUAGGUUCCAACAAAAUAUAUAGCCACGAUUGACACACAAACAUGAGGAAAAAAGUUGAAAUUUAUUGUACAUUACGGAGAGCUUGUAAUAAAUUAAUAAAUUUCACGAAAAGGAAAAAA